AUGACGUUCACCAGCGAGCAGCUCGAGAGCCCUACGAAUGUCGUGCAGCACAAAGCCGCUAAGCAGGAAUGUAGCAAAGAGAGCUGCAGUCCGCUUGCCGUCUUUCUCGCCCGGCCAACGAGCGAUCACAAAGCGGGCGAGCAGAACAUGUCCGGCCACGCAGAGCUAUCGAAUGGCGCUACCUCUACGCCCGCUAGCAGGAGUGAUGGCCUGGCGCAGCAGUCCGCGAGUGCACAGAGAGUGAUGACGGCUUCCAUUGAUGCCCAUUGCGAUGUUGCCUGGAUGGCAAAGAGCGCCACUUCGAAGACUGCAGAACUUGCGACCGACUUGCUCGUAUGUCGAUAUACAGGCUCGAGCCAUGUCCGAUGCACCGACCCUGCUUCGUGGAAAGCCGUCCCCGUCGUCAGCGCCACCGUAGGCACCAGGAUGACAGACAAUCGUAGAAGCUUCCGUAUGGCUGCCUCUGCGAAUGGACCGGUCCUUGGAAGAGAAUACUGCAGCCGAUGCUCGUCUGACCGACGCGAGUAUAUACAUCGUCAGAUAACGACCUAUCAGUAUGGCGGCGGACAUCAGUAUGCUCAGAUGGAACGCCGCUGUCCUGACCAUUCUACGGUUCGACAGAUGAACAUCACGAGCGUCAUGUACCACUGCAGAUUGAGCGCAGAAGUCAAAGACAAGACGACACAAGCUCCUGAAGAUGCCUUGUCAACGCUUCAGCUCCUUCCAGGCCGCCAAAGCAUCGCAAUCAACGUGCUCAAGAAGCGCAAGAUGCUCUUCACUACAGUGUUUGUGGGCUUUGUGACCGCCGCACUCGCUCUGCCCAGUCCCGAAACUGGCGUCCAGGGCAGUAUCGUCAUCGAGCCAUCAUCGCGUACGGUCAAACGUGACGGUACAGGCGAGAACGGCGAUGGGACGAGCAAUGACUUCCCUCCUGCACAAGGCGGUGGAGGAGGAGACGACGAUGACGACUCGCCUGUUUCUCAGAUCUACGAUCUCGUGUUGGCCAGUUCUGCCCUGUGUGACGUUGGCAAGGUAACGUGGACGACGCCCUUCCACCUCAAGGUCGCCGCCGACAGCCCAGCCGAUAUGCCUCAGGUCAGCAUCAAUGGCCCGCUGCACGAAUCCGUCGUCGAUUGGGGAACGGGCGCAACUCAGAACCAGGACGGCAUCAAUCAGAUCAUGAUCUACGUGACCGCGCGCGCGGGUAGCGCCGAGUUUGCACCCGAUAGUGGAUGGCAACCCAGCGUCCAAGCUUGCUGCGGUGUCUACAUCACUUGGACUUUACUGAUCGACCAGAAGGAAGUACCUCAAGUCAUCGCUUGGCGCGCUUGUGGUGCAGGUGCAGCCUUUUCGCACGCUAACCAAGCCACUUGCGCCAAAUCGCCUGUACCGGACUCCUACGACUACUGCCAAGACCUUCCCCCGUCUUUCAUUCGCUACGCCGCAUGGUUCAAGCAAGAUGGUACUUAG